AUGUCUUCAAUCGCUAUUCCGCCAGUGGCCCGUGUGCGUGAAUUAGACCUUGUCGACAAGGUCGCUGUCGUGACCGGCGCAUCUCGGGGCAUCGGACGUGCUAUCGCCUUCAACCUAGCCUCCCGCGGAUGUAAUAUCCUAGGAACUGCUACUGGUGACGCAGGCUUUGCUGCCAUCACGGAAAGCCUCAAUGAAGAGGUUACCAGUCGCGCCUUCCACGGUACAUCUCGGCAGAGACCUGCGAGUCUCAAGAUCACAGCGGUCGUCGCAGACAUCUUCUCUACUGAAUGCGCCAGUAUCAUUACCGAAGAGAUCAUCAAGAGCUUCAAUAGCCGCGUGGACAUUUUUGUCAACAACGCCAGUGCCACAGGAGGAGGCACGAUUGGAGAAAUGGAUUCCAAACAUAUUCAGCAAAGUCUACUCGCCAAUGUUCAGACGCCCGUCAUGAUCGUCGAGGAAUUUGUUCGCCGGCGCUUCUUCCAACCCAACAGUCGUAUCGUCUACAUCUCAUCUAUUCGAUCCCACGUUCCAUGGAGCGAGCAGCUCAUGUACUCCGCCGGAAAAUCAGCAGGAGAGUCACUGUGUCGUACUUGGGCACAGGCUUUCGGUGGCAAAGACGAGAGAUACUCCUUCAUGGCCGGAACCACGGCCAAUUCCUUAUCGGUUGGCUUGACAGAGACGGAUUCCGUGAUGAGCUGCCCGCCUGACAUUGUGAAGCAAUUGCAGAAUGAAUUCUACCCUUCUCAGAGUAUUCCCCGUUUCGGACAGCCGGAUGAUAUUGCGGAUGUCGCUGGGCUUCUUUGCAGCUCCGAUGCUCGGUGGAUCACGGGAAGUGUUAUCAGUGCUAGUGGUGGAGGUAUCAAGAUUGGUUAA